ACCCAGAUGACCACACCUCAGCCCAGUCUUGAACCCUCUCUCUCCAACUGCACACAAGCUUGCCCACUCCACCAGCUCCUGGGCUUUUCUCCCCACCUCACUUCCCCCCAGCCCUGGACCUUGGGCAGCUUUUGGAUAGAAGGGAAGCAGAAAGCAGCAGAAUCCUGCUCUCCAAGGACCACACCUCAGAAGAAGAGCUGCAUCUCCCAGGUGAGAUCGCUGAGGCCUCCGGCAGGCAGGGCGGCAGGCCUGAAAACCGAUCUCCACGAAGGCGUGGCUCCAAAUGCUGGCAUAUAAAAAAUCCGGAGAGCCAGCACCAUCUGGAGACCAGCGCUCAGAAGCCACUCAGCUCCUGGGCCUCGGAAGUGGUGCCCAUGGCGUCCCCCCAAGCCCUGCUCCUUGCCUGUUGGCCCUGGCGGUCACUGAAGGCUGGGGGUCAGCAGGCAGCCAUCCCAGGCUGCCACUUGCACCCCUUCAACGUGACAGUGAGAAGUGACCGCCAAGGCACCUGCCAGGUCCAUGUGGCACAGGCUUGUGUGGGCCACUGCGAGUCCAGCGCCUUCCCUUCGAGGUACUCUGUGCUGGUGGCCAGUGGCUAUCGACACAAUGUCACCUCCGUGUCUCAGUGCUGCACCAUCACCAGCCUGAAGAAGGUGAAGGUGCAGCUGCAGUGUGGCGGGGACCGGAGGGAGGAGCUGGACAUCUUCACAGCCAGGGCCUGCCAGUGUGACAUGUGUCGCCUGUCCCGCUACUAGCCAUCCUUUCCCCACCU